AACAUGGCGGCCCCCCAAGAUGACAUGUUUUCUCUCUGCGUGGAGCCCGGCAAAGUUAGCAGUGCAGUAGAAGUCCGAUUCAUUGACAAUAUAAAGGGAAAGGGAUUAUUUGCAAAGAGAGCCAUCCGCAAAGGAGACACUAUAUUGAUUGAGCGACCACUCAUCUCCUCUCAGUUCCUGUGGAAUGCGUUAUAUAAAUAUAAAGCUUGUGAGUACUGCCUGCGAUCCUUGGAGACUGCCGAAGAGAAUGCACGGAGACUCAGUGGGGUCCCUGGGCUUAGCCUGCCCCACCCUGAGCUGUGCAGGGUGAGGUCAGAGCUGCACCAAGCAUGCCCGCAGUGCCAGGUGAAGUACUGCAGUGCAGAGUGUAGAAAAGCUGCUCAGGAACAGUACCACAGGAUCCUGUGUCUUGGGUCCUCCCAAGAAGAUCCUGAUCAUCCCAUCAACAAACUGCAGGAUGCAUGGAGGAGUGUCCACUAUCCCCCUGAAACCUCCAGCAUCAUGCUGAUGGCAAAGAUGGUGGCUGUGGUCAAACAGGCUCAGGAGAAAGGCCGCUGGCAAAGGCUCUUCUCUCAGUUCUGUAGUCGUUCUGCCAACGAGGAAGAAGAGAUCGCUCACAAACUCCUUGGAGAAGAAUUUCAGGGACAGCUUACUCUUCUCCGAAGCCUGUUCAAGACGGCACUUUACGAUGACCACCUUAACCAGUGGUUUACCCCAGAGGGCUUUCGCUCUCUCUUCUCCCUCGUUGGGACCAAUGGACAGGGAAUUGGAACCAGCUCGCUGAGUCAGUGGGUCCACGCCUGUGAUGCACUUGAGCUUCCUGGCCACCAGAGGGAGCAGCUAGACACCUUUAUUGACCAGUUAUACAAGGACAUCGAAAAAGAGACGGGCGACUUCCUGAACUGCGAAGGCUCUGGGCUCUUCCUGCUUCAGAGCUCAUGCAACCACAGCUGCAUCCCCAACGCUGAAGUCACUUUCCCCGACAACAACUUCCUGCUUCACCUCAAUGCCUUGAGUGACAUCAGCGCAGGAGAGGAAGUCUGCAUCAGCUACCUGGACUGCUGCCAGAGGGACCGUAGCCGCCACAGCCGCCACAAGAUCCUGAGGGAGAACUACUUGUUCGUCUGCUCGUGUGCCAAGUGCGUGUCGCAGAUGGACGAGGCGGACGUGACCUCGGACGAGGAGGACGAGGGAGAGGCCGAGGGUGAGACAGAGGACGAGAUGACGGACGUGUGACCUGUUAGGACCUCUCACCCCACCCACACCCAACCCACCCCACCCCAACCCCAUCCCUAGUGCAGACCCUUUACAUGGGCCACAGCAGAAAGGAGGAGGAGGAAGAGGAAGAAGAGGAAGGCAAUGACAUAGAAGAAGAGAAAACGACCAGCUCACAUUAUUAGAAGCCAAAAAAAAACAAAAAAACAAGUGAAAAUUUCAAUGUCACAUUGGCAGAUAUGUGUGUGUGUGACGAGUUCAAAAACUGCCAGUUUGCACCUUCAAAGUGAUUUGUUUGCUAUGACUACAUGUUACACACACAAAUUCCCCGGCUGAGGCCUACUGUGCUCUCUAGCACAUGAAGGUGAACUUUGACCUCCCCCUUUCUCUCUCACCACUCGCCAGUGGUGUGCAGUGACUCUCAACGCUACAGAUAGACACAAGUAUGCACUCAGAAGCACCAUUCUGCUCUCUCUAAGUAUAAGCUGGUAUAAAACACAUCUAUGCAUCAAGUGGGUAUGCACUCCCCCCCACACACACACCACACCACAAACACAUAUACGAUAUACACACCCUCCCACUGUCCACUGCGGAGUAUUUUUAGUAAUCUAUACAUAUUUGUAUGGCUCUAACUUCGACCAUCUUAGGCAUCAUCUUGAGGGUGAACGCAGGUCUGAGAAUGGCAUCUGUGGUGUUCAUCAUGCUUUUGUCUGUUACCCUCCCAGCCUUCUCAUGUUCAGCUACAGGUCCCGACAGUGUCCUUACUGACACGAGCGAGCGUAUUUUUUUUACAGCACUCUGCCAGGGUACCUGCAUAAGUCAACCUCAACAGCGUAGGGAAGGAGUUUGCUAGUCUGAGGUGGGCUUGACCGUGUUACACAAGCACUACCCGGCAGGGAUGAUCCUCGGCAGUCUCACACUUAACCGUUGUGCUCGCUGGCAAGCAAAAGGGGGGAAAUAGUCUGUUCUUCUGCGCUUGCUGCCGCAAGCACUCAGUUUGGAGAAUAGAGAGGAGCUGCCUGUGGGUGUGGAUGGAUGCUGAUCUCUUUGGGUUUCUCUGUCGAUGUCCUCCUGCAUUAAAAAAUGUCUUUUUCCUGGCA